AUGUAUCAGAGACAGUACCAGGGUGACAUGGCUUCUUGGUUUUCCUAUCUCUCACUCUCACCUCGCGCGUUCCGAGAUACGGCUCAGCUACCUUGCUUCGUCCUUCCACCCAUACAGACUGCCCGUUUCUUCGAUCGAGAUGAUGUGAUUGAGAAGGUUGAAAAACAUUUCCAAGACGGAGAUUCAACUUCGUCACUACGCUCGCUGGCACUAUAUGGCAUGGGAGGUGUCGGUAAGAGCCAUGUUGCCAUGAAAUAUCUGGAUAAGAAGCUGGCGAUCAAAAACUUUGAUGCUAUCUUUUGGAUCAAUGGAGAAAAUCCGGUUUCUAUCCAACAGAGCUUUACAGAUAUUGCUCUUAAGUUGAAACUACCUGAUACUGGGCCAGCCUCUCAUGACGAAAAUCGAAUGAUUCUCAAAGGCUGGCUGCAGCAGACUGAAUGUAAGUGGAUGAUCAUCUACGACAAUGCAGAGACUAUCGAACUUCUUCGAGAUUACUGGCCUUUAUCUGGCAGUAAUGGUCGAGUCCUGAUUACAACAAUAAAUCAUAUGCUCGGUUUCGAUCCAGCGGAUGCUGGCCUUGAAAUACUCCCUUGGGAUACAGAUACAGGCUCCAAGUUCCUGCUACAUCUUCUCAAAGGACACAUCGGUGCCGAACUCUUGGCAAACGAAACGCAGUCAGCGUACAGUCUCUCUGAGAGGUUAAGUGGCCAUGCACUAGCGCUGUCCAACAUGUGUGGUUUGAUCUACCGUCGUUCAUGGUCUAUCUCAGAGCUCGUUGAGGUUUAUGAUAGAUCCAAGGACUUCAAAGACGGACUUGAAACCGUCUGGCAACUAUCUUUUGAAAACCUCAAGCCUGACUGUGCUGCACUGUUAUCGGUCUUUACUUUCUGUGCGCCAGACAGCAUCCCACAGUCGUUGUUCGAAUUUAAUGAAGAGAAGGACAGCCUUACAGAUGACAUGCUAUGGUAUCUUGACUCUGAUCGUCUGAGUACAAGUACAGAGGAGCUGUUGGCUCUUGCAUUGAUCAAAAGAAAUGGAUAUGAUCGCGUAUUUUCGAUUCACCGUCUCAUCGCAGCCCAGUUCCGCCGCUUUUUGAACCCCAAAGACCUCCAAAAAGCAUUUUUUGAAGCUUCAAUCCUAAUGUAUAAUGCCUUUCCAAAGAGACCAAAAAAGCCUGGGGCUGCCAGAGCCAAUCUCUACAAUGUCUGGGACAGGUGUCAACUUUGGUUGCAGCAUGUGCUGCAGCUUAAAAGUAGCUUCAUGCAAGAGCGAAAGCGGGACCCGAGCUUCUCUGCUUGCAGAGAGACUUGCGAGACAUGGGUUCAAUGCCAACGCUACCUUCUUGAAACACAAAACUGGCGCGAGCUCGAAGACCUCGUCAUCGUGAACAGAAUUGCCAUGGAAACACUUCCUGAACCGGACAAGGAAAUAUACCUUCUCUCAUCAACUGAAAUCCACGUUGCCUCGAUGUGGGCCUUUCGGGGCCGAUUCAAAAUGGCCCUCAAGAGCUUGUUGACGGCACACAGUCUCAAGCUAGCUGAGUCCACCAUCGACCUCCAAAAUACCUGCUGGAUCGAAGAUAACUUGGCUUCCAUUUAUGGGUGCUUGGGGGAUUUUGACACUGCGAUGGAGUGGAACGAGCGCAGUCAUGCGACGUGGAAGCGCUGGUCCGAGUCGACGGGCUUUGAGUUUAAGUGUCCUCCGCUUCUGAAGCUGACGCGUGGAAGAAUUUUGACUCACGGAGGAAGGCUCGAUGAAUCAAGGGAGCAGUUGACUGAGGCUGUAGAUGGACUUUUGUCUGCAGAGCCGUUUGUCUGGGCCCCAACAGCUACGUGCAAGUUUGCCAUAGGACGGCUUCUAAUGUUCGAAGGGAAGUACGAAGCCGCGAAAAGCAUGUUGUUAGAAUCUCAGUCCAUGUGGCUUGAGGGCGAUAAGUCUCGCGCUCUAGACUUCAACGGUAUCAUUGUAUACCAGCUGGGUUGCUGCGCCAUGAUGCAAGGGGGCAUAGAUGCUGCACUCAAGCAUCUCCAAGAGGCGAAGGUCAUUAGCUCUAUUCACAGAGACACGCAUCCUGCCAAGUACGCUCGAUGCCUGUUAAAGCUAUCCGAGGCACUUACGUCAGGUCCCUGGAGGGGAGGCGGAAGCUGA